CAUUUCUAUAGGGUUUCCAGCCUUUCAAACUCAUAACGGAGCGAAAAGAACAAAAAGAUUGCAGUGAAGAACAGAAAAGCCGUUUGUUUCAACAGCAGUUAGCCACAAAUAGACAUUCAGAAAUGUCUCAAUUCAAUUACAUGAACGACCUAAAGGAUAUCAUCACGAUGGACGGAGAACUGACCAAAGGUCCAGCGCCUCGAUGGCAGAAGAAGCUAGAUAUGUCUGCUGCAUCAACGAGUUUCAAUGUCAGCGCAAUUAAUAGCUCCCGGCCGAAGCUUUCCAUGUCAUUUAGUAGUAUUCAACCGGCGGUACCAGCUGGAACGCUUAGUGGAAAAACACCCAAGAAAGCCAGUUCCGGUUCAAAAGCUACUCCUAGUAAAGGUAAAGGUCAAACGCCAAAUCAGAAGCAACCCUCUGGCGGAGAUCGCUUCAUUCCCAAUCGAAACACGACGGACUUUGAUUUAAGUCAUUUUAUGGUGAAGCAGAAUGAAGCAAAGAAAGAAAAUGAAAGCGAAGGUAGCGGAGAAGAAGCACAAGGAAGCAGCGAUCAAACUAGUCCCAAAAAUGCCGAAAGAAUCAAGAUACUCUCUGAAGUGAUGAAAGGCUGCGAUAUCAGUAAUAAACGUGUUCUGUCCUACCAGACUAAGGCGCCGGCAGCUCCAGAUGGCCAUGUGAAUCCUUUGAAGGUAAUAUACUCGGUGAAAACACCAAUGUCCACUAAAAGUGGAUCGCGGUUCAUUCCAUCUGCCCCGGAAAGGAUAUUAGAUGCUCCAGAUAUUAUCAAUGAUUAUUAUCUUAAUCUAAUGGACUGGAGUGGGGACAACGUUGUGGCAGUGGCCCUCGGAUCGUCGGUUUAUUUGUGGAAUGCGGCUAGUGGCAAUAUAGAGGUGUUGUAUGAGAAUGAAGGAAGCGAUCAUGCAUGCUCGCUGAGCUGGAUUCAGGAAGGGCAUAUUCUUGCUGUUGGAACAAGCAUAGGCACUCUGGAGUUGUGGGAUUGCGAACAGAUGAAACGGCUUCGAGUGAUGGACGGGCAUUCGGGACGAGUUGGAGUGUUAGCAUGGAAUUCAUACGUUGUUUGUUCCGGUAGCAGAGAUGGGUCCAUCGUGAACCACGAUGUACGAUCGCGUGAUCAUAUCAUUGCUUCUCUCCGAGGACACUCGCAGGAGGUUUGCGGACUGAAGUGGUCGGGUGAUGGAAAACAUCUAGCUAGCGGCGGUAAUGACAAUCUUGUGAAUGUUUGGAGUACUGCAAACGGUGCUCCACACACUACCACCACCCCGCUUCAUGCGUUCAAUCAGCAUCAAGCUGCUGUUCGAGCUCUGGCAUGGUGCCCAUGGCAGACAAACAUCUUAGCGACCGGUGGCGGAACUGCCGAUCGAUGCAUUAAAUUUUGGAACAUCAACAACGGUCAAAUGAUAAACUCCGUCGACACAAAAUCACAAGUGUGUGGCCUUUUAUUUUCGAAACACUACAAGGAGCUAAUCUCCGCUCAUGGAUAUGCAAACAAUCAGCUAACCAUUUGGAAAUACCCGUCGAUGAACAAGCAAACUGACCUGAUGGGACAUACGGGUCGUGUUUUGCAAAUUGCUAUGUCCCCUGAUGGAAGUACUGUAAUGAGCGCCGGUGCUGACGAAACGCUACGAUUGUGGAAUUGCUUCCAGCCGGAUCCGUUGCUAUCGAAGAAGGAAAAAUCGGUGCAGCGGGAGAAACCCAGUUUGCUUAAGCAGAGCAUUCGAUGACUUGACCGUUAUACCACUAUUUUUAUUAUUUUUUCUUCAAAAAUUCUCAUGACUGCAACUAGACAAUAGUGCUUUAGUUCCAUUUUACUGCCAUUUUGUUUGUUUUAG